CUUUAGUCCCAUUGCUCCAAUGUCUUAAAACCAGAGUAAAAUUUUAAUAUUCCAUGCAGAAAGGCCUUCAGUCAGUGACUGAAGUCCUUUUUGCCUAGAAUAUUAAAACAUCUGUUUUGAUUGCAUUGUUGGUCAUUAGUUGUAUGUCUCGCUCGAUUGGUAGACCUGCUUUGUUUUAGUUAGGUUUUCAUUUUGAGGUUAUGUGUUGCUUAACUGUUAUUACACUGAUCUGAAAAUCACUUAAUUAUUAAAGUUUAUAGAUAAUAGGUAUUCAAUAUGGUUAGUGAGACGGAUUCCGAGAGUGACCAAGAAAAUGAAGUAGUAGUUGGGAGGAAACGUGUAAAAAGAGAAUCAGAAUGGAAAAGAAAUACUAAGAGAGUGUCAAGGUGCAAGGGAUUGGAGUAUGAAGAUUAUAAAGGGAGGAUAGUUCCAGCUAAAACAACAGGGCCUCCAUGCAACUGCAAGAGAUUUAAAUGCUUUGAUGGAUUGACUGAACUUGACCAAAUCAACAUAUUGCAACGCCUUCUUGACCUUCCAUCAAAAAAUGAUCAGGACCUGUACAUCCAGAACUUGAUUGAAAUUCAUGACGUCAAGAAAAGACGUCCAAGGAAAGGAGAAGACGCACGCAAUGUUGACAAAAUGUAUACAUACUUUCUCCUGGUUGGUAACCAAAGGACGCAGGUAUGUUACAAAGCUUUUUUGUCUCUGUUAUCAAUAAGCGACAAACGAGUUAAACGGUUGAGAGCCCUUGCCAAGGAAGGAAAAAACCCUAUUGAUAAAAGAGGAAAGUCUCAGAGCGCAAACACUUUGAGUAUUGAAAAACAACAAAUCAUUAGGGACCAUAUUGAAAGUUACCCAACUAAACUUAGUCAUUAUUCUGGGAAAACUAGAAAAUAUUUAGAUGCUAGACUCUGCACAAACGCCUUAUAUCGUGCAUUGGUCGACAAACAUCCAGGAAUUUGUAGUUCUGCUUACUUUUAUGAGUUUUUCAAUGAAAACUACAAUUUAAGAUUUGGCAGACCGCAAAUUGAUUGUUGCUGCACGUGUGAAGAGCUCAACACAAAGCUAAAGAGUCCUCACUUGAACGAUGUAGCAAAAAGAUCAGCUGCUGCCGAGCUUAUCAUUCAUAAAAGACGAGCAAAAAAGUUUUUUAUCAAGAUUACAAAUGAAGCUAACUCAAAGAACGAGCCACACGUACUUUCCCUUUGUAUGGACUUCAUGCAAAAUCUCAGUAUACCACAAAUUCCCGUACAAGAAACGUUUUAUUUAAGACAAAUCACGGUUAAUGUAUUCUCUAUUCAUGAUAUAAAAAAAGAGUCAGCAAAAGUGUAUGUAUACCAUGAAGGUACAGCCAGCAAGACACCUAAUGAAGUGUGCUCUUUCUUAUGGGAUUAUCUCAAAUCCAUCCCCCAGAAUAUACAGAGUUACGACUGUUCUCUGAUAACUGCAGCGGGCAGAACAAAAAUCACGCACUGA